AAUUUUCUCUCUCUCUCUCUCUCUUCUCUCUAGUUAGAGAACUAUUCUCAUGAAUAAUUUGCACUUGUAAAAAGAACGACACGUGUAACGUGUUCGCAUAAAAAGAUGUCGAGAGUUAGAUGCUUAUUCAAAUGUGUAAAAAAAUCUUAUCUAUUUAUUCUAUAAUGCAUUGUCAUGAAAGAUCGUAAUAUUUUCUUUUCGAUAGACUUUAAAUUCGUAAAACUUGUAAGAAUGUCCUUACGCGUAGAAAUCCAGUCUGUGCUUGUGUCUUUGAAACGCGAGAUUACAAUUAACUUGAUUGAAUUCAACAUUUAAUUAGGAUGUGACAUUUCGCGUAUAAUACCACGAUGUCCUUGACUAUCUAAUUUAACUUGCGUUACAUGUCGAUAUUUAUAUGAUAUUACAAAUGCUAAUGAUAGAUGAGCUGAAGCAUACCGCUGAAGAUAAUAUCGUUUACAUCGUGUGUCUGCUAUGUGUAAAUACAAAGUUCGCUUGAUAUAACUUAGUAUAAUAUGCAAGUCAUGUUUUCGAUAAAAUUGUAAAAUGAAAUGACCAAGAUAACGAUCGAGAGAUAUCAAUACUUUAUAGCAGGCAGAUCUGUUUAGUGCUCGGUAAUAAAUUUGAAUAAAUUAUUUAUUAUUCAAAGUCACCUUUACUAAAGACGCCUGUGACUUUUUUAGAUUUUUCAGACGAAAUCGCCAUCAUGACGGAAUCACAAAAAGGAAUUUGGUGGCCCAACGAAGUCGACAAAUUUACUUGAACCGAGUGCUUCGCUUGUCUAAGAAAAAAAUCACGAACGAGAAAGAAAGAGAAAGAAAAUAAAGCACGCGAGAGGAAGAGGAGGAAUGGGCCCUUGGGCCUUCGGCGUAAUUCUCAUCCUCGUGUCAACUCUGGGUCUUCUCUUGAAUGGCUACAUUCUCCUUGUCGUUUUCGGUCUUGGUAAACAGACGCAGCAACAGCAGACGGCGAACACUUUACUGCUGAUCCAUUUGGGCGCCGUGGAAGCGGCGGUGUGUCUAAUACUGCUGAUUUUCGCAACUGGCUCGUGGCCGGCCGCCGGCACAUGGUGCGUCCUUCACGGCUUCCUGUUGGCGUUGUUGCAUCCAGUCGCCCUUUGGACUGUCACCGGAUUGAACUGCGACAGGUAUUACGCGAUUGCCGCACCGCUACACUACACCGCUUUGGUUUCUCCGCGUCGGGUGGUCGUCGGACUGGUUGCCUCUUGGACAGGCGCUUUACUCCUGUGCUUGCCGCCGUUCUCGGGCCUAGUGCCACCUUAUAGCUAUAGCCCAGGGUUGGGUUGCUGCGCCCCAGAUUUCGGGAACGGUACCUGGGGAUCCGCCGCGGCGCUCUACGGCGCCGUUUACGCCAUCCUGGGCCUGGGCCUGCCGGCCGUCCUCGUGACGGUCUGCAAUUUACGCGUGUUGGGUAUAGCGCGGUAUCAUCGGCAUCGUAUCGCCAGCGCGAUCUACGAGGUCACCCUGAGCGCCCAGGUGACCAUCACCCACCAGCGAAAUCCGUUCUUCGUGCCAACUGUCACCGCACCUUCCGCCGGCGGACCGCCGCGUUUCCACAGUGCCGCCAGCACGGUGAUGCAACUGGUCGGUUCUCUGUAUCUACUUUAUUUUCCGUACUGCGGGCUUAUCCUCUGGGAGGCUUGCGGAGCCGGUAAUCAGCACCGUCUUCACGCACACCCCAGGCUCGCCUCUUUAGCAUCGCUUCUCCUCGCGUGCUCGCCACCCAUCAACGGUCUCCUCUACGGCCUGAAAUCGCAGACUCUGCGACGAUCCGUCCAGAAUUACUGGCGGAAAAAGGCAACUAAGUCGGAGUUGCAGCAGGAGAUACAGGCGAGAACACCGAGCGUCGCCGGUUCCAGAAGGCCUUCCGGCAGCGGGAACACUUCCUUCUUCCCAUUCCCGCCCUUGCAACGAAGGCUCAGCGAGGCGCUAUUGGCCCUCGGCUCGUGCAGGACCGGGGGUAGUUUUGAAAGCAAUAAUCUGGGGUUUCAACGCGGCAGAUUGCAGCCCGCCGUCUCGUGUAAUACUCUCAGAGUGCCGACCACCGAAUCAGGUGAGCCGAGCAAAUUGGUGAGGGCGAGCGCGAGUGCCGCCAGUCUGAUGGGUCCCCAUUAUCGGAGCGACUUUAUCGGGGCAGAUUUGGGCGCGGGAUGUUCCAUAGCUAUGUGCGAGACCCCGAAGAGGAGCCCGAGGAUCCUCAUAACGCGCGCGUACAGCGAGGAGAGCCAAGACGGAGGCAGCCCCCUUCUGAGAAAACCCCUCAAUUCCAAUAGUAAUCCACCGCCGGGCGAAAACGUCGUUUAUGGCGCGUGCACAGAGCGCCGAUGGCGACAUUGCAGCACUGGAAGCGAGAGCAGCACGGGAAGCAGCGAUGCGAGCGUGUGGACCACUGGCGUGGCUCCCAAGUAUGGCAAGGGUAAUGGGAAGAACUCGGGCUGGUCUUCGCGGCGAUACGUGCGUGGCAAAAAUUUAGAAGAAGGCGCGCUAUCGACCGCGAUUAGGCCGAAUAAUAACAGCGAGAGCAGCGACACCACGGACACAACUACAGCCACGACAACGACUACCACGCUACUUAAAUCUCUCGCCAUGGAAAGUGGCGAACAAAAUGAAAGAGAGAAGGAAAAGAUAAAUGGUAAUAUGAAGAAAAGAGAAUUCAGCGAGAGCGAGAGCAGUUGGAGCAGUGUCGAAGAAAUCGAAGCCAAAGUGGAGAGGAACGAUGAGGAUGACAAUCUUGAGAAGUCGAAGGAGGAUUCGCAGACGAAAUCUCCACGAGGAAAAUCGAAGAGCAACAAUCGUGAACUCGAAAAUUCCGAGGAUCGCGAGGAGGCUGCGCAGCUGAGGCCACUUCUAACUCCCUCCUCUUAAGCCUGUCCUUUUAAGCAUAAAUGUAUUUUUCUUUGGAUAAUCCGCUCAUGUGUGUCUGUGCGCGUAUGUG